CAAUCUAUCUUGUUUGGUGCCGGGCUUCUAUUUGGUGAAACCAUUGAAGAUUUCGAAUGGUUAUUUCAAUCAUGGUUACAAGCUAUGGGUGGGAAGCUUCCAAAGGCCAUAAUCACAGAUCAGGAUCCAGCAAUUGCUGCUGCAAUUGCAAGUGUAUUUCCAAAUACCGAGCAUAGGUUGUGUAUGUGGCACAUUGUUCAGAAGCUUCCAGAGAAGUUAGGUAAAGUAAUUAAUGAGAACCCAUCAUUCAACACUGAUUGGAGAAAUUGUGUAUAUAUGUGCGAUCAGGAAGCCGAAUUUGAUGCAUUAUGGUCGAAAAUGAUUGUAGAUUAUAAUCUUGAAGAAAAUAAAUGGUUACAAGAUUUGUACACAAUACGUAAAAUGUGGAUUCCAGCUUAUGUCAAGAAAACAUUUUAUGCAGGGAUGUCAACGACACAACGGAGUGAAGGUAUGAAUGCCUUCUUUGAUUAUUUUGUAAGUCAUAAGUCAACGUUAUUAGAAUUUGCAGAAGGAUAUGAUCGCGCUUUACAAAAACGUCGGCAUAAUGAGUUGAAAUCAGAUUGUGACACUUUAUAUAGUAUACCUGUAGCAAUAACCUCGAUUGAUAUUGAAAUAGAGAUGGCAAAAAUUUAUACAAGAGAAGUAUUUUAUGACUUUCAAGUAGAGGUGAAGGCAAGUGCUUUACUUGUUAAUAAGUUGGUAGUAAGGGAAGGACCAUUAAGUAAAUAUAAUAUAUUCGACUAUAGAAGGAAUGAUAAAAUGUAUACAAUUAUUUGGAACCAUGAUGAACGGUUCGGUUCUUGUACUUGUCAGAGCUUCGAAUUUCGUGGGAUUGUUUGCAGGCAUUUAUUAGUUGUGUUCAAGGAAGAAUCCAUCAUAAAAAUGCCUUUUCAUUAUAUACUUAAAAGGUGGACACGAAAUGCGAAAGAAAAAAAUAAAAGUGACUCAACUCCUCUGUCUUCAAACAUUGAUGAGUCAACCAUCUUGGGGCGCAAUAAAAUGUCUCGUAUGAUGAACUAUUUAAUAAAUGAAGGAACGAGGACUCCAAAAAUAAUGGAACCUGUGUUAUCAGCUUUAGAAGAUUUGGUUGCAAAUGUUCGUCAAAAAUGUGGAGUCGAAGAAGAAACCAGUAUUGACAAGAAUGUUGAGGGUGGUGAAAGCAAUCUAUUGUUCAAUGCACAUUCUAAGAACUCUUACGUAGUACUUGAUCCGAUGGUUGUUAGUACUAAAGGCCGAACGAGUAAAAGAUUUAAAUCUGGCAGGGAGGAGAGUAGUAAGUUAUGUCGUGGGUGUAACAAGUGGGUUAUUGGGCAUGAUAAACGAAAUUGUCCUAUAUAUAACCAACUUGAUAAUGCAUCUGAAGAAGCCAGGUAUAUAUUUUUUUCUUGUAUUUUUAUUUGAUUUCUUACAUACAUUGCAUUAUUUUAAACUACAUUCAUUAUCUCCACAGUUAUGGCAGUAACGUUGAAAGAGGAAAGGGAAAAGCAGUUGGUAGGCCAAGAGGAAAAAAUAUAGUACAGGGUCGUGGUAGGAUGUUAAAUCAAGAUUGAUCGGUACCAAAGGCAUGGUGUCUUAAAUGUCUACAAGCUUGCGCCAUCGGCUACAUGAAUAACUUGAAAUUGUUUACUAAGAAGAUACCUAUUAUAGAUCACGGAAGAUUGAAGCAUCCACUACUCUUAAUGUCGACGAUGUGGAUUGAUUUCAUUUUCAUGGCAAUAACGUGCAUUUUUUAUUUUUAUUUUUUUGAUUUUCAUAUUCUUAUUAUAAAAUAUUUGCGUGCAUGUUUCAAGGACAGUGAAACAUUCAACUAUUGUUGAUCGGUGUUUUAAGGUCGUUGAAAUUUUGAAUAACAUUUUCUUUUUUUUAAUAACAUACAUAGAAGUAAAUAAGUGAGAAAUAUUAAUUGA